CUGAUCAGAACAGAUACAGUGCACUUGAUCUUCCUUAGCCAAAAUGUCGAGAAUGGUUCUGAACUAUAUUGUUUUUCCACGUGUAGAGUACAACUUGCCUAUUUUUUCUGCCGAUAUCGUAACUCUACCACGUGGUUACCUUGCCAUAAUAGAUGCGUACCAUGUUGUGGAGACGGAGGAGUAUUCCAAUAAGUACAUGAGGAGGUACUUGGAUGUACUUGCAAAGUUUGAAAAGGAACUCCCUUGGGGAGGAGCACUUACAGCAGAGACUACAAAUUUUCUUUCUCCUGCCGUAAUCUGGACGCGCCCGGAAGAUGAAGAGGUGAUGAAAACGGCAUUGUUCUCCGCUUUCAAAGAGUACUUCGAUAUCUUCAUGGAUGCAGUGGAGCAUGCGCAGCGUGUCACUGACCCAGAUGAGGUGUCCCGCUUGCAAGAUGGGCAAAACAAGUAUGUCUGCUGGCGGGAUGUUAAGGACCCUGGUCGGCCUGUAAUCUCAAAGCUCUUUGGAUCGGCUUUUUGCGAGGAGUACAUUUCCAAUUUCCUGUUCCGUUGCGAGGAAGGACAAGGGAGAAAGACUUUCCUCGAGUAUUUCCCACAGUAUGCGACAGCAUCGGGAGAAGUCGCCAGCCGUCGAAGCAUGAUCGGAAAGGCGUAUCCUACACGCCCAUGGGACAGGCAUGGCCGUUGGAUUGGUUGAUCUGUCACCCGUCUCACUCUCACAUUUGUCGGCACGGAAACAGCUUUGCUGCCAUCCACGACACGAAAUCCAUCGCCAUCCAAUUACAUUCUUCGGGUCUCCUUGUUCUGGACUUCCGCAGAUGGAUUUCGCACCAGGUGUGAUGAAGGUGCGCUGGGUCUACGGAAAGGUACCAGGUCCAAUGUACAUCUGCAGGAAGUUAAGACUGUAAGUGAUUGUUUUUGUACAAGAAUUGCACAAGUUCAAUCCAUUUAAGUACAAUUGUAGCCCCUGCAACCCAGUGCUGGGUAUUGUAUCUGCACGGUCUAUGAGUAGUCAAAGGACUAUGUCUUGUACCUAUCAACUGUACCAAACCUGGUACCUUCCCUUAGGAGUGGGACCUUCCUGUAGGGGUGGUACCUUUCCUCUGCUCUGGACAGACCAUAGGAUCAUCAGUGUUGAAUUUGAUUUUGAUUUUGAUGCGAGUUGCUGAUUUCGGAUUCACCUUUUAGGAUUUCCAUGUGCAGUUGAUUCUGUUACGGAUUCUUUUUCUCGAAUUGACACCCUUCGCUCCUCCCCUUUUUGUAAAAUACCUAAGUGGGUUUGUGAAACUCCAACAACAGCGGUACAUCACAAGCAGCCAGUCGUAUCAUUUGCCUCUUUGCACUUCGUUCCAACAUCCGUUGCUUUGAGAUGCCAGCCUCUCUGCGGAUGUCGUAUGCUCGAUGUCCUCGGUGCCGAUUCAGAUCACGACUGGAAUGACGGAUGACGCCGGCACCCGCUCCUCGUGCCGUUGUACCGACGAAGGAGGUCUGAGAAAAGGUACUUGGUCUGUAUAGAAGGGCAAGGACCAUGUAGCGUGCUUGAUUUUUUUGUUCCGCCAUGUCAUUCCUGAUUCCAACGGUGUUGUUUGUGCUGGCGCGAUUGUAUGCCGCGGCAUGCUGAUGGCACCAUAUAGUUGACCGGGACCGAACAGGGCGACAAUGGGGUGAAAAGGGUGUAAAACAAUCAACACUAAACCAUAAG